AAAAAGGAAAUUACAUUUGGCACUAUAAAGAAUGUAGCCAUGGAGACUCCAAGGGAAGGAGUAUACCUGUUUUUCUUUUCUUUCUCCUUUCUGUCUGUAAAACUCUCUCUUGUUCACAGAGAUGGCUGGUGUACAUGCGCUAAACGUUGCCGUUCCCAGCCAACAAUCCAAAACAAUUGCAGAUUUUGACCCUCCGAAGAAACCAAAACGAAACAAGUAUGCUUUUGCUUGCACACUACUGGCUUCCAUGACUUCAGUCCUGAUGGGUUAUGAUAUUGGUGUGAUGAGUGGAGCUAUUAUCUACAUCAAAGACGACCUCAAAAUCAACGAUACACAAAUUGAAGUCAUUACCGGUAUCAUUAGCGUAUACUCUCUACUUGGCUCCGCCCUUGCUGGCAGAACCUCCGACUGGAUCGGUCGCCGGUACACCAUAGUUUUGGCAGGCGCUAUCUUCUUCGCCGGGGCAAUCCUCAUGGGGUUCGCCACAAACUAUGCCUUCCUCAUGGUGGGCCGCUUCGUCGCCGGGGUUGGCGUUGGGUACGCACUCAUGAUUGCCCCCGUCUACACCGCCGAGUUGGCUCCUGCUUCCAUUCGUGGCUUCCUUACGUCAUUUCCGGAGGUGUUCAUAAAUAGUGGAGUAUUACUUGGUUAUGUAUCGAACUACGCCUUCUCGAAGCUUCCGAUUCACUUGGGAUGGCGAUUCAUGCUCGGAAUAGGUGCUGUUCCGUCUUUCUUCCUCGCCUUAGGAGUGUUCGCCAUGCCGGAAUCUCCGCGGUGGCUGGUGAUGCAAGGACGACUCGGCGAUGCAAAGCGAGUUCUCGACAAAACAUCGGAUACACCAGAAGAAGCACAACUGAGAUUAGCCGAUAUAAAAGAAGCAGCUGGUAUUCCAGAGGACCAAAACGACGACGUUGUCCAAGUCCCGAAGCGAAAAAGUAACGGAGCAGACGUGUGGAAGGAAUUGCUCCACCCUACCCCAGUCGUUCGUCACAUCCUACUCGCAGGGGUUGGUAUUCUCUUCUUCCAACAAGCGUCUGGUGUAGACUCGGUUGUAGUAUAUAGUCCCCGUAUCUUCCAAAAAGCCGGCAUCACAUCGAAUAAUGGGAAGUUACUCGCCACCAUAGCCGUUGGAGUCAGCAAAACACUUUUCAUCUUCAUCUCCACAUUCUUGCUUGAUAAAGUCGGACGGCGCCCGUUGCUUCUCUGCAGCAACGGUUGCAUGGUUGUGUCGCUCCUAGCGCUCUCGAUCAGCCUCACGGUCAUCGAUCACAAUCAUCAGAAAGUGCCGUGGGCCGUUGGAUUGUCGUUUGCUUCGGUAUUAGGAGUCGUGGGGUCGUUCUCGAUGGGAUUCGGACCCAUCCCGUGGGUUUACAGUUCAGAGAUAUUCCCGUUGAGGCUCCGCGCACAAGGAAUGGCUAUGGGAGUGGGAGCGAAUAGAUUAACAAGUGGAGUCCUCUCAAUGACAUUCAUAUCCAUGUACAAUACGAUGACGAUUGGUGGCGCCUUCUUCUUUUACGCUGUAAUUGCAAUAGUGUCGUGGAUCUUCUUCUUCUUCUGUUUGCCGGAAACGCAAGGGAGGACACUUGAGGAGAUGGAGGAGUUGUUUGGUAAAAUUUUUAAAUGGAGACCUAUUUUAAUGGACAAGAAAAAUGGGAAGAACGAUGCAGCUUAGAGUCAGGGUCUGUUAAGGGACUAUUAAAUGGUAACUAAUGCUCACUUUCUUGUCAAUGCGAAAUUAAAUAAAGGAUACCAAACAAUUUUAUCUUUUGGUUCCUGUUAGUUGAUUGCGUUAAUGCCCACAUUAAUGAAGAUUAUGAUUUCAACAUUUUAAA